AGUCUAAUGCAAUCCAAAAAUCAAUCAGGUAUUUUAGAAUUUCUUCUUCUUGGACUAACUGGUGAUCCUCAGCUCCAGUCCAUUAUGUUCAGCUUGUUCCUGUGCAUAUAUUUGCUCACUGUACUAGGAAACCUGCUCAUCAUCUUGGCUGUCUGCUCUGACCUACACCUACAAACCCCAAUGUACUUUUUUCUCUCUAGUCUUUCCAUUAAUGAUAUCUGUUUAAGUACAAACACAAUACCAAAUAUGCUCAUAAACGUGAUAACCCAGAGUCAAAGCAUCUCUUACACUGGCUGCCUCACACAAGUUUGGUUUGUGUUGGUUUUCACUGGAUUGGAGAACUGUCUUCUUGCUGUGAUGGCCUAUGAUCGCUAUGUGGCCAUUUGUCACCCUCUGAGGUACUCCACAAUAAUGAACCCUUCCUGUUGCAUCCUGAUGGUUCUACUUUCUCUGCUCCUUAGCCUUGUGUUUGGUCUCUUGCACACUCUGAUGGCUCUUAACUUGUCAUUCUGCACAGAUGUUAAAAUCCCUCAUUUCUUCUGUGAACUUGCUCAGCUAAUCAAGCUUUCAUGUUCGGAUACGCUCAUUAAUAACAUCCUCGUAUAUUUUGCAUCGUGUGUAUUUGGUGGAAUUCCUAUCUCUGGAAUAAUUUUCUCUUACACUCAUAUUUUGUCAGCAGUUCUAAGAAUGCCAUCAUCAGGGCGAAGAUAUAAAACAUUUUCCACUUGUGGAUCUCACCUAUGUGUUGUCUCCUUGUUUUAUGGCACAAUUUUGGGUGUGUAUAUCAGCUCUUCAGUGACUGACUCUCCUGAAAAGUCUGUGGUGGCUUCAGUUAUGUAUUCUGUAGUUCCUCAGAUGUUGAAUCCAUUUAUCUACAGCUUGAGAAAUAAGGACAUGAAGGAAGCCCUGAGGAAAUCCUUCACAAGAGUUGGAACUAUUUUAUCAUCACAUUUGAAUUUCACAGAAGCAUAA